AAGAAUGAUUACAUUCAUCUGACAAUUAGUAAGGGUGGUAUUAUGUUGAGAGAAUAGCUUGUGGAUUGUCUAAAAGACUCAUACUGGAUUCUCUGAAGGAAGGCAGCGUCUGAGUUCAUUCACCAUGGGGAGAGAGGAUGGGGACAUGCCAGACUCUCUACCAACCAUCCCUGAGGAGGUAUUUGCAAAAGGCUACCCCAACCUGGCCUUCCAUGAGGAUACGAAGCCUCAGGAGCGGAUGACAGAGGGGCAGCCAACCGUUGACACGGAGCGCAAGCCAAAGAAGGGCCUCGGAAGGAAGAAAAAAGAACCAGCAAAAGCAGUGGGAUUUUUCCAGUUGUUCCGCUACGCUACUGGUUGUGAGGUGCUCCUAAUGAUAAUCGGCCUGCUAUGUGCUGCUCUCCACGGGAUAGCCCUGCCCCUUAUGUGUGUUGUGUUUGGACAGAUGACCGACAGCUUUGUACAAAGUGGACAACAGCUCAACCUUACAGCCAAUUUCACUGUGGAGGAGAUCAGCGCUUUAUUGAACUCAACUGACGGAUGUAUUCAGAUUCCUGGAGUUGAUAUACAGGCUCUAAUGACUCGACAUGCCUAUUACUUCAUCGGGAUCGGUUGUGCUGUGUUCCUGCUGGGGACCUUUCAGGUGAUGUUGUUCUUGCUGACAGCCACCAAACAGACCAAACGGAUCCGGGAGAAAUACUUCCAUGCCAUCCUCCACCAACAGAUGUCCUGGUUUGAUACACACCAGAUAGGAGUUCUCAAUGUUAGGUUGACAGAUGACAUCAACACAAUCAACGAAGGCCUUGGAGACAAGAUCUGUGUGUUCGUGCAGUUCUUCUGCACCUUCUUGUCAGGGUUCAUCAUUGGUUUCAUCUUCGGCUGGAAGUUGACACUCGUCAUCCUGGCCGUCAGUCCUCUCCUGGCAGGAUCAGCUGCCGUCUGGUCCAAAAUACUUGCCACCCUGACCAGUAAGGAGCUGUCUGCCUAUGCCAAAGCAGGGGCGGUAGCUGAAGAGAUACUGGUGGCUAUCAGGACAGUUGUGGCUUUCAAUGGGCAGAAGAAAGCUGUGGAAAGGUAUGAAAACAACUUGGAGGAUGCUAAAAACUUUGGAAUAAAGAAGGCCAUCACCACUAACGUGGCCAUGGGCUUCACCCAGUUUGUCAUAUUUGGGACGUACGCCUUGGCUUUCUGGUACGGGACCAAGCUCUCUGUAGACGAGCCUGAAAACUACACCAUUGGAAAAACCAUUACAGUCUUCUUCUCAGUGAUGAUUGGGUCGUUUUCUUUGGGCCAGGGUGCGCCUAACUUAGAAGCCAUCGCCAAAGCCCGGGGUGCUGCCUAUGAAGUCUACAAUACCAUUGACCAGCCGCGGCCCAUAGACAGCAGUUCAAAGGAAGGUCACAAACCAGACUGUGUGAAAGGAGACAUUGAAUUCAAGAACAUCCACUUCAGCUACCCCUCCAGGAAAGAUGUCAAAAUUCUUCAGGGAGUGAAUCUGACAGUGCCUCGUGGGAAGACCAUAGCUCUGGUUGGAGCCAGUGGAUGUGGGAAGAGCACCACCAUUCAGCUGCUGCAGCGCUUUUAUGAUCCAGACUCAGGAGAGAUUACCCUGGAUGGUCGGGACAUCCGGACCCUGAAUGUGAAGUGGCUGAGGGAGAAUAUGGGUAUCGUCAGUCAGGAACCUGUGCUAUUCGGAACAACCAUUGCAGAAAACAUCCGCUACGGCAGAGAGGAUGCCACAGAUGAGGACAUCGAACGGGCCGUGAGAGAGGCCAACGCAUACGACUUUAUCUCCAAACUCCCCGAUAAGCUGAACACCAUGGUGGGGGAGCGGGGAGCCCAGCUCAGUGGAGGACAGAAGCAGAGGAUAGCUAUCGCCCGGGCCCUGGUCAAAAACCCGAAGAUCCUCCUGCUGGACGAGGCCACCUCCGCCCUGGACACCCAGAGUGAGUCGGUUGUCCAGGCCGCUCUGGAUAAGGCCAGGGCGGGCCGCACCACGAUAGUGAUCGCCCACCGCCUGUCCACCAUCAGAACAGCUGACGUGAUCGCUGGCUUCAGCAACGGAGAGGUGGUGGAGCAGGGAACACACAGGGAACUCAUGGACAAGAAGGGGGUCUACUACUCUCUGGUCAUGCAGCAGAGUCAAGGGAAGCCAGAGGAAGAGGAAGAGGACCCUGUGGAAGAGGAUAACCCUCCUAAAUAUGAGGAUCUAGAUGAUGUCCUAUAUGACUCAUCUGACAUGGAUGAGCUGGAAGUGGUAAACGAGGAAGGAAUAGAAAACGGCGGCUUUGAAAGGAACUCAAUCAGCAGUGGCCGUGUGGAAAUGAAACUGACCAGGAGGAAAUCUAAGAAGUCUAAGAAAGACAAGAAGAACCUUGCUAAAAAGCAUUCCUUACAGGAGAUUGGAUGGUUUGAUGACAACAACAAUGCAGUGGGAGUUCUAACCACCAGAUUGGCCACAGAUGCAUCUCUGGUUAAAGGGGCGACUGGGUCUAGGUUGGGUCUGGCCACCAACACAGUCUGUGCUCUCACCAUCGCCAUUGUGGUGGCCUUCAUCCACAGCUGGCAGCUCACCCUCCUCAUCCUCGCCUGUGUGCCCUUCCUCAUUGGAGCCAACAUCAUUCAGAUGAGGGCCAUGGCAGGCCACGCCUCCAAAGACCAGGGUGCCCUGGAGCAGUCUGGGAAGAUAUCUACUGAGACCGUUGAAAACUUCAAGACAGUUGUUGGACUGACACGGGAGGACGUCUUCUUUCACAAGUUCAUGGACAGUCUAGAAAGACCAUACCAGAACGGUUUGGUGAAGGCUCCCAUCUACGGACUAACAUUUGCCGUUGCCCAAGCAAUCCCUUACAUGGUCAAUGCUGCAAUCUUUCGCUUUGGGUCCUGGCUUAUUGCUCACUGUCACACAGAAUAUGAAAAUGUUUUCCUUGUGUUUUCUGUGAUCAUAUUUGCUGCCAUGAACAUAGGAGAAUCAGCAUCUUUUGCUCCUGACUUUGCAAAAGCGAAAGCAGCUGCUGGGAGAAUUCUUGGCUUGUUGGAGAAGAAACCAGAGAUUGACAUUUACAGUGAGGAGGGAGAGAAGCCAACGGACUUUGUCGGGGACAUUGAGUUCCGAGGGAUACACUUUGCGUACCCGACCCGUCAAAACGUGAGGGUUCUCCAGGGGUUGAGCGUGUCAGUGGGGCCUGGUCAGACCCUGGCCCUGGUCGGGGAGAGUGGCUGUGGGAAAAGCACCUCCAUACAACUACUGGAGCGCUUCUAUAGCCCUGCUGAAGGAAAAGUGUUAGUGGAUGGGUUGGAUACUAAGACCCUGAACCUGUCGUGGCUGAGGUCUCAGCUGGGCCUGGUGUCCCAGGAGCCCAUCCUGUUCGACUGCAGCAUCUCAGAGAACAUCCAGUACGGGGACAACAGCAGAGACGUCUCCCAGGAUGAGAUAGAGGAGGCAGCCAAGAACGCCAACAUCCAUGACUUCAUCAUGGGCCUGCCAGAGAAAUACAAUACCAGGGUUGGGGACAAGGGGACCCAGAUGUCUGGAGGUCAGAAACAGAGGAUAGCCAUUGCCAGAGCUCUGGUCAGACAGCCUAAAGUACUGCUGCUGGAUGAAGCCACUUCCGCCCUGGACACAGAGAGUGAGAAGAUUGUCCAACAGGCUUUAGACGCCGCCCGGCAGGGCCGCACCUGCAUCGUGAUCGCCCACCGCCUGUCUACCAUCCAGAAUGCAGACCAGAUAGCGGUAAUUCAGUAUGGUCAGGUGACAGAGCAGGGUACACAUACUGACCUCAUGGCUAAAGGGGGGGCUUACUAUGCCCUGGUCAACGCACAGGUCACCCACUAACUCAUAUUCAGAUUGAUGUUUUGCAGCGUAUUUACUGUUCUGUUGA